AUGGAGAACAUCCUGCACCAAGUCGGCCGCAUCUUCCGCUGGCUUGGCCGAUGCCCCAGCAUGGCCGAGCCAUGUGUCGGAGUCGGAGGGCUGCGGACAUGGGUGCAGGCCUCCGGAAUCCCAUACCAGGCGACAGCGUGCAUUGACUUUGACAAGGACAUAGCUCUCUUCUACCAUUCAUUGAAAGAAAAAGGAGAGGGUGGCUUAGACACAGUGGAGUCUGGACCUGUUGAAGGAGAUAUGCUGAGCAAGCCUUUGGACAGCUUGCAGCCAUGUGAAGUAUUCGUCGCUGGCCCUCCGUGCCAACCAUAUGCAGGAAAUGGAAAGAAGAUGGGGUUCAGCGACUCUCGCAGUGAGGUUCUUGAGAGGUGCAUCGACUGGAUUGAAGAUCUAGCCUGGAAGGGUGAGUUGGUUGCUUUCCUCUUAGAGAACUCUGAACGUCUUGCGGAGCACAGCGAGUUUUGGCACUUGAUAGAGAGGUUGACUUGCUCAACGCCCUUCUUCAAGAUUGAAGUCCAGGCACAUGACCUUUCCUCCCUGGUCCCUCAUAGCCGUCCAAGGCUAUGGGUUCGAGGUCUUCGUGUUGACUGCCUGCUGCAACCUGAAGAAGGACUACCUCCGCCAGUCAGCUUGGAGAGCCUUGGUGUCAAAAGGUUUGCUUUGCAAGACUUCCUGGAAGAAGGGGCGCCCAACCUGUCACCAGAGCAAUUGACCCCGAUCAUGCGCUCCAACUUGAGUGUAUACAAGAGAAUGGCCAUGGAAGCCAUCAAAGAUGGUGUGGAGGCUGCGGUAGUAGCUUGCGAGCUGGACCGCAAUCCCCUUCGCGCCUAUGGUGGCACAGUGGUGUUUGAUUGUGUCCCCAGCUUCAGGUGUGGUGGUCCUCAGAUUUUCCUACUUUCAGUGGAUGACAUCAGUGGUCCUUGGGAAGCUCAACGUCUCCAUCGUUUCCUCACGGUGAGGGAAAGAUUUGCCUUACAAGGACACCCUCAUGCCUUGGCCGAGCAUUUUGCAGGCCGUACUGCUUCGAUGAAGGCUAGCGGAAACGCCUUCAAUGUGUUGGCAAUGGCCGCGAUGCUGGCUCCAUUGCUUGAAUCCGCUGCCCGAGCAGGUGUUCUUCAGCGUAGCUCUGGCUCUCGCAAGCCUUUGAGUGAGGAGGAGCUCAUGGGCUUGGUGCCUUCUGAAGGGCCUCCACCAAAGGUGAGUUUGAAGCAGGCCCAGGCUUGUGUUGCUACCCCUGCUCGAAAGCGAAAACGAAUUUCAUGA